CCUGUAUAUAAGAAAUCCAGCAAUUCUGUUCACUAGUCAGUUACGAAUUCUUCUUCAUGCAAAAUGGAGAAACCUCCUAACAAAGGUGACGACGUCGUCCCGCAGUUCAGCAACAUCGAAGAGGGAUGUAUACGAACAGAGAGCUUUCGUGACCUUAAGAUGCCUAUACUACCCAAAUCAUUGACACUCGAGGAAAAAAAAUUCCUGCUAGCAGUUGAACGAGGAGAUCUCACUACUGUUAAAAGAAUAAUCCACCGAGUUAAGCGAGGACUUUGCGGUAAUUCCAUUAACUUGAACUGCGUGGAUCCUCUAGGACGAGGGGCUCUCCUUAUGGCUAUUGAUAAUGAAAAUUUACAGAUGGUGGAGUUAUUGGUAGUGAUGGGGAUUGCCACUAGAGAUGCUUUGCUUCAUGCUAUCGACAAAGAAUUCGUUGAGGCCGUGGAGCUUCUUCUGGAACACGAGGAGCUCAUUCAUAAAGAAGGAGAUCCAUACAGCUGGGAGAACGUGGAUCGGACCACUUCUUCUUUUACUCCUGAUAUUACCCCUCUUAUUCUGGCAGCGCAUCGUAAUAACUACGAGAUUCUUAAGAUUUUGCUGGACCGUGGAGCAACAAUACCAGUCCCACAUGACGUUCAAUGUGGCUGUGGCGAUUGCAUCCGCGGUGUUCUGGAAGACUCUUUGCGCCAUUCCAUGUCAAGGAUUAACGCUUAUCGAGCACUUUCGAGUCCUUCGUUGAUUGCUCUUUCUUCCAACGAUCCCAUCCUAAGUGCCUUCGAACUCAGUGUCGAAUUAAAACGAUUGGCAUACUUGGAAACUGAAUUUCGUCAGGAAUAUAUGGAUUUAAGGCGUCAAUGCCAACAAUUUGCAUGCGACUUGCUUAGCCACACACGGAGUUCCAGCGAGCUAGCGUUUCUCUUAAAUCACGAUCCUCACAGCCACAGCAGUUCUCUACGUGAUAUUGAUAAUGUUCAAGAGAUGAAACUGACCCGACUUGAACUCGCAAUCGACCAGAAGCAGAAAAUGUUUGUAGCCCAUCCAAACAUCCAGCAGCUAUUGGCUGCCAUAUGGUAUGAAGGUUUACCGGGAUUCCGUCGCAAAUCUCCUCUCCAAAAGUUGGCCGAGAUCACAUUAGUCGCUCUACUCUUCCCCCUGUAUUGUGGAUUAUACAUGAUUGCUCCGUUAUCUUCUUAUGCUCAGCUUAUGCAGAAGCCAUUCAUGAAAUUUCUUAUUCAUGCAUCUUCCUAUCUCUUCUUCCUGUUUCUGCUAAUUUUGGUUUCGCAACGGUUUGACGUACUUGUCGUCGAGCUUUUGGGUACCGAAACGAUGCGAAAAAAUUUGGAAGAUCAACUGAGACGUCAAAGAGGGAACUGCCCCACGUUCCUCGAAUGCUUCGUUGCGGUUUACGUCAUAGGAUAUGUUUAUGAAGAGCUUCAUGAAAUGUGGAAGAAUGGUGUCGGGCGUUACAUAAGAAAUCUGUGGAACGUGAUUGACGUUUGCAGAGAUUUAUCGUACCUUCUGGCUAUGGGACUCAGAACGGUUGCUUACAUCCAGCAGCAGAAUGAAAUCCGUGACAAUCCGGCAGCAGCUUAUAUACCUCGUGAAGAAUGGGACGCGUUUGAUCCUCAGUUAAUCGCCGAAGGAGUUUGUGCCAUGGCAAAUAUCUUCAGUGCACUGAAGUUGGUGCAUCUCUUCUCAAUCAAUCCGUAUUUGGGACCUCUACAGAUUUCACUGGGACGGAUGGUUAUUGAUAUCGUCAAGUUCUUCUUCAUCUACAGCUUGGUCUUAUUCUCCUUUGCUUGUGGGUUGAAUCAGUUACUCUGGUACUUUUCUGAUUUGGAGAAGCAAAAAUGUUUCGUAUUACCUGGUGGAUUACCGGACUGGAGCAAAAAUGCCGAUGCCUGUGCCAAGUGGCGUCGAUUUGCUAAUUUGUUCGAGUCAUCGCAAUCCCUUUUCUGGGCCAGUUUCGGUUUGGUAGACUUGGGCAAUUUUGAACUUGCCGGCGUCAAGAGCUACACUCGUUUCUGGGGCAUGUUGAUUUUCGGAGCUUACUCCGUAAUCAACGUGGUGGUUUUGCUGAACUUACUCAUCGCCAUGAUGUCCAAUUCCUAUUCGUUAAUUACGGAACACUCCGAUACAGAAUGGAAAUUCGCUCGUUCAAAGUUAUGGAUGAGCUAUUUCGACUCGACGGGCCACACACUUCCUCCACCUUUCAAUCUCAUACCGACACCCAAAAAGAUCAUGCGACUUUUCUGCCGUAAAACCAGCAAAUCUUCCGGCAAGCUGCGUCGUACUUCAACUAAAGGACGGCGCGAGAGAGACUACUGUUACACUGCCGUCAUGCGUUCACUCGUUUGGCGCUAUGUCACCGCAAUGCACAGACAACAAGAAAUGUCUCAAGUGACGGAAGAUGAUGUCAACGAAGUCAAGGGUGACAUUUCAACGCUGAGAUUCGAGCUGCUCGAUGUCUUCAAAAAUAACGGAAUGGAUAUUUCUUCGGCCAACAAGAAUUCCAAAGCUGCGCUGGGUCGCAAGAUGAGGAUUUGGGAGCGUCGGUUGCUGCGCGAUUUUCACGUGGUGUCAGUUGCUGGGCUAGACGAAGAAGAUCAAGAUGAAUCGAAUGACUGGUCAGGGCGAGGCUCAUCAAAUCACGGCGAAGAAGGAAAGGAUAACGCAGCCGAUAAAUUCCGAAAACUGGCGAGUGUAGCUGUAGCCAUGAAUGCGGCCGGAAUAUCGCCGGCCGUGGCGUGCGUCAAAGGCCGCACCAUCAAACCCUUGUCUCAGAUCGGCAAAUCGAUGAGUAACGAGUCAUUUAAGAGCUCUCAGAACUUGCGCAAGGCCAUGGAGGAGGCUCAGCGUUUGACGGUUGUAUCACCGACACCGGAGCCCUCUCCUCAGCAUGGCAAAUAUUCCGACAUGGAGAUCACUGUUGAUUCCGGAUCCAGCGUUCUGGAGCUGCUUCGCAGCAUGUCCAACGAAGAGAUGAGGGAGGAAGACUUAGAAGAAGAAGAAGAAGAAGUCCAAAACGAUCGCCAUUACGACAAAGAAAAUGACAAGAAAAAGGAACCGUUUCCUUUUUCCAUGAAGAACAUGCAGUCGAAUCAGUUGUCGGCUGCUGCUGCAGCUACGUCUUCGUCGACAGCGUCUAAGCGUGACGAGGUUGACGUGAAAAAACCGUCAGCCAAUGUUGACAGCGCUGCGCAGGAAGCCAAGAUCCAAUUUCGGCCCACCAAGAAAGCGCCUUCCCCGCCAUUACCAGAUCUUAAACCUAAAAACGUGACGUCGACUCCCACUACCGAAGUAACAACAAGUAACAGUCGCAACAUCAGCGCUUUGCCAACAAAAAUGGAAUCGAAACCUUCCCACAACAACACUGGCGUUGCCCUAUCUGAAGACAAAGUUUCUCUCAAGUCUGAGGUCCAACAGCAGGACUCGAAGCGAACAGACAUUGGCGGAAGCGGAUUGAUGCUAUCGGGUAUUACCAAUGUUGCCAGCAGUCGAGCCACAGUUCAAGAAGCGGAUUACGCAACGACUGUAUCGAAAAAGGAAAUCAUUGCGACGGGUGAUACGCCAGCGGCUGGUAUCUUCAAAUCUUCUUCUUCGUCAGAAUCCGGUGUCCCUUCGUCCUCAACAGCGCCUACUACUCAGCAGUCUUCAGACUCGCCAUCAACUGAUGCGGCUGCUGCCGCUGAUCGAAAGUUGCCGAUUCCGAGUCAGAAUCCACCAGUAGCACCUAUCGUGAAAAAGCCACCCCCUAAACCGGAGGACGGGCCCGCAAAUCCGACUGAGAAACCGACUAACGCUGACGGCGUCAAAACCGUCAAACGUGAAAACAGCAAAGGCUGGUUUUAAUAGUAGAUUGUAGCGCGUGACAUUUUACGAUUCCAUUCUCUGUAGCUUGCUGGCGGCUGGCCGUACUAAUAAGCUGUUCCGUAUACUAUACGUAUUCUUACUACC